UGUUAGCAGAAGGUGGCUCGCUUGUCCGCGGUAGCUCCGACGCCUCGGUUCAUAUUUCACAUAUCUAGUCCUCACAAAGAACCGCAACAGUCUCGUAAUAUCGAAGCGGUUUGGCAAAACACGAACGAAGGCUUCGACACAGUGCUUGAAUUUUAAAAGUGUUGUUUUUCACCCAACAGAUCUGGCCUACGCUGUUGCUUUCACUUUUGGUUCCGACAUUUUGAUUUCUGUAAGAUCUGCGUUCUUUUUCAACGGAAAAGUGAUGACAAUAUUUACUUUUUUGGUAACGUUAGGAGGUGUAUGCCUAUUCUUCGUGUGUGGUGCUUCUGCUGUUGAUCCAGACAGAGUGUCAGUGAUGGAGGGAGAUGCAAUGACUUUAUACACUGGUGUUGAAAUGAACCAACAAGACAAAAUGACAUGGUUUUUCGGAGAAGAUCGCAUAGCUGUAAUUAAUGGAGAUAAAAGUAAGAUCUGUGAAGAUGAUCAGUGUAAAGAGAGAUUCAGAGACAGACUGAAUGUGAAUCAGACUGGAUCUCUGACCAUCACUAACAUCAACACCACAGACUCUGGACUUUAUAUACUAAAGAUCACCAGCCGCAACAAUGAAAAUAUCUUUAGCGUUACUGUACAUGAUGUUCCUGCUGCUGAACUAGAUGAAAUGAAGAGAAAGUUGGUGAAGGAGGGAGAAUCUGUCACUCUAGAGAGUCGUGUAAUAAAAAACCCAAAUAAUUCGAUGACGUGGUAUUUUAAUGACACUCGCAUAGCUGAAAUCACUGGAGAUCAGAGAAAGAUCUGUACAGAUGAUCAGUGUAAAGAGAGAUUCAGAGACAGACUGAAGCUGGAUCAUCAGACUGGAUCUCUGACCAUCACAAACACCAGAACCACAGACUCUGGAGAAUAUAAACUGAAGAACAGCAGCAGCAGAUUCAGCAUUAUUAGGAGCUUCACUGUUACUGUUACUGUUACUUAUGUUUCAGAUUCAGGAUCGUCUUCAGUUGUUGCUGUUGUUGUUGUUCUUCUUCUUCUGCUCGUUGCUGCUGCGGUUUACUAUAAGCGCCAAGCAAUAAUGAAAUUCAUCAGGAGGCAGCGCAGUGAUCAGAAGGAUGAUGCUGAAGACUCAUCCCGUGAACAGACUAAUGCUCUAAUGCAGCUGGCUCCUAAUGGGACAUCCCUUAAUAAUACUGAUGUUGUUAGUGAGACAUAACUGUAACAUUUUAUUGUUUUAUUGAAAGGGAAAAUUAAGAGAAGAUGGGAAAUUAGAGAAGAGCAUCAGCAGAAAUUCUCAUUGCUCACAGAAACUGUCAUAAUACCAAGGUUUCAGUGGUAGUAUCAUUAAUGGUGAUUUCACUUUGGCAUCUUGACGACACUAUUUACGCUCUACUUAAACAACACUACAACAUUACUUAAAACUGAUGUUUUCAGCAGGGAUUCUUGAGAAAUGAAACAUUUCAUUGAAACUUUGUGUUUUUGUGAUUUGGUUAGCAAAGCUUUGUGGGUAAAGAAAGGCAGAAGGUUCAAAUUCUGCAAGGGUUGAUCCAUGAAAUCUCAAAAUUAUGUCCUUGAUCAAGACUGAAACUCAGGAACUGAAACUUUAACCCUGUAAAGCCUGCCAUGUAAAAUAAGAGUCAGAAACAAAUCUUUUUUUUU